AUGGCUGCGAUCUGUCACUCUCUCUCGCGACGUCGUGUACCGCCUGCGGGCGCGAUCGCCUACGAGACACGAGAGAUGGAGUGGGGAUUACGAAUUGGGCGAAGCAGUCUCACGACCACUGCAUUGCCCAGAGACGAAGACGUAGACAGCGUCGAAGACGAGGCCAUCGUAGCACUGGUAAGAAACAGGGAAAGUACGAAUUACCACGACGGAGAGCGUUGA